AACGCAAACCUGCCAUCUAGGGGAGACCAGUCAGCAAACUCUGCCAUGUAGGGGCUGCCACCAGACUCCCCAGCUCAAAAGCCCCACUGGGCAGCCCGCCAAGGGUGUGUCUGCUUGGGUUCAGUAUGACCAGAGCAACAGAGCAGAGGGCGGAGCUCAGACCUCGGGGCAGCCUGCCCAGGCCAGGCUCUGGCCUCCACUGAUGAGCUAGGCAGCAAGCAGCAGGGACAAGCAGUUGACUCAGAGGGCCUGAGGCUCUGGGAAAGUGCAGGGAGAUGGCCUCAGGGGGGCUCCUCAGCCAGGGCCUCUCCAGACUUCUUGCCCCACUGGUGUACAGAUGAGCACCCCAAUAUGGCUCCCUAGGGUCCUCUUCUAUAGACUUCCAUGGGGGCCAACUUCCUUCCUCCCCAGGGCCUCUGUUCAAAAGUGGAUGUGGUUCCCUCUCAUCUGGGCAGCCCUGCCUGAACUCCCCAAAGCCCUGCUGGCCUCGGGUGGUCCAUCGCCUCUAGGGUGUACCGGCUGGUUUACUCUGAGAGGAGCUGAUACACAAUCUGUGCCCGGUGAACCAAGCCAAGGCAGAGGUAAGGGCCUAACCUGAGGCCACCCACUGGCCCUCAUGCUGGUCCUCUCACCUCCUUACCUUUCCCCCGACUUCUCCCUCCCCCUUAGCUUCCCGUGUUGUCCACAGUACAGUGUUUCUACCUCUGGGGCCUGGGCCUCAGGAUCCCUGGGUAGUGACUGCACUGCCCCAGACAGGGCUGCCCAGAUGAGACCUCUGCCCCUACCUGGAGCCCAUGAAGGGACGCUUUUGUGCAGCAAGGCCCUGGGCUGGCACUUAGGCUGGAAGGAUAUUUUUGAGGCUUUGAGCAGAGGAGGCCUCAAAUGAGAUCCCCAGGGACUUGCAAUUAUCUAAUUAACCCAACAUGUUAGUUCUGAGGGGUCCUGGAGUUCCUCAGGGCUGCUCAGAUAAGGACUGACAGGAGGAAGGAUCCAUGAGGUUCUGGUCUCAGGGUCUGUGUACACAACACUAGGAAUGGUUAACCCCUGGCCUGGGUGGAGUGGGGGGGGGGGGGGGGUGUUUGUGUAGAGAUCAAAGGCCCUCAGACUGCCAUGACCAGUCUUGGAACUCUGGGGGAGAAAGGUGAUGUGUGCUCUAAACAAAGCACAGUCAGCAUCCCCUUGGCUUCAGGCAGACCUGGGGCUCUCAGUAAUGGGGAUCAAUCACCCCAGCCAUGGGGCAGGAAUGUUCUUUCUGUAUAUUUGCCCUCUUUAUUUAUUCCCACUCCUUAUGAGAGACAAACAUCCACGCUGUCACCAAACUGGGUCCAAGAGAAACCAAACCAACUCUUCCUGGGGACUCCUGGAUCCGGUUUGAGCCUGCCCCCAACCCUAGACUCCUCUGAGGAUCCUCUCUCCUGCCACUUUUUGAUGUAUGCCUUCCUACGAACUGGGGCACCUUCCUCCUCAUGCUCGUUCACCAGUCAGCCUCUAACUGUCCCAGGAAAUGGGAGCCACCGGCAGGAGGAUCAGAUUCCUGGGAAGGGCUGGUGCCACCUCUGCUUCACAUUGCCCACUCGCCCUCAGCACUCACCUGGGCCCUGGAGAGCUGACUCCCUCCAUUCCUCAGGCCUGGAAAGGUGGUGAAAGGCCAGUGAAGCUGCGGGAGGGCUGGGAGGAGGGGCCAGGCCCAGAAAGGGGCAGGCGCAGGCCCAGAGUGGGAGGAGAAGCCAGGCAGUGAGGGUGCCCGUUAAAGACCACACGGCUCAGUAGGCAAGGAGGGGCCCCAGAGGCUGGGGGAUCUCAGGCUCUCUCAGUGGGUGGGGGCUCGGCCAGGCCAGGGCAGCGGCAUCUGGGAAACAGAAUUCCCUCUGGAAUUCAGAGUUGAGUUGCUGUCUAAGUCACUGGCUCCUGGAAUCUAUAAGACAAGAUUGGAGACUGCAAAGGGUCAUCCAGGGGUGCCACGCUCCAAAAGGACAUCUUCCGGCCACGCGCCAUGUGGGCCCUGCUGCUGCUGCUGCCCACGGUGCUGUGCCUGAGCCCAGCAGGGCCUCCCCAAGAAAGGACCCCUCUUUUCCGACUCACACAGCAGGGUCCCUGGGAGAGCGGGGCCAGCAACGGCACGGCCUCGCCCUGCGAGGGGCUCCCCCUCGCAGGGGCCACAACUUUGACCCUCGUGAACCGCAGCCUGGAGCGCCUCCCCGGCUGCCUGCCGCGCGCGCUGCGCCGCCUCGAUGGCAGCCACAACCUGCUGGGCGCCCUGAGCGCUCCGGAGCUCGGCCACCUGCCGCAGCUGGAGGAGCUGACGCUGCGCCACAACCGCAUCGCCGCGCUGCGCUGGGGCCCCGGCUGGCCGGCGGGGUUGCGCACACUGGACCUCAGCUACAACCGGCUGGCCGCUCUGCCGCCGUGCGGCGGGCCCGCGCUGCCCAGCCUCCGCGCGCUGGCGCUCGCCGGCAACCCCCUGCAGGCGCUGCAGCCCGGGGCCUUCUCCUGCUUCCCCGCGCUGCGCCUCCUCAACCUCUCCUGCACCGCGCUGGGCCGCGGCCCCCAGGCGGGCAUCACCGACGCCGCCUUCGCCGGAGCGGGCGGCGCGCCCCUGGCCGCGCUCGAGGUCCUGGACCUCAGCGGCACGUUCCUGCCGCGGGUGCACUCAGGGUGGAUCCGAGACCUGCCGAAGCUCACGUCACUUUACCUGAGGAAGAUGCCCCAGCUGACGAGCCUGGAGGGAGACAUUUUCAAGAUGACCCCGGACCUGCAGCAGCUGGAUUGUCAAGAUUCCCCAGCUCUUACCUCUGUCCAUACACACAUCUUUCAAGAUACUCCUCACCUACAGGUCCUUCUACUCCAGAACUGCAACUUGAGUUCCUUCCCUCCUUGGAACCUGCAUUCCUCCCAGGUCCUCUCCAUCAGCCUCUUUGGCAACCCCCUGACUUGCAGCUGUGAGUUGUCCUGGCUCCUCAUGGAUGCAAAGAGGACUGUCUUAAGCAGGGCAGCAGACACGGUGUGCACACCAGCUGCAGGAUCCGGCGGCAUCUUCUCAGCCCCUCUUUUGCUCUCCCAGCUGCCCAGUGUGUGCCAUUCAGACCAAAGCACCACGCUCCUUGAUUCCAACCGACCCUCCUCUGUCCUCUCCACCCACGCACCAGCUACACAGGGUCCCUCCACCCCAAGGAGCACAACCCCCUCCACUCAACCUGCAGGAGGCCAACAGAGUGUCACCAAGCCCCCCUCUCUCCCUGUGGAUUCCCCCACUGGAGCUGCAUGGCUGCACAGCAGUGUCAGGGAGGGGACCACCUCCUCCACUGCCCUCUCUACAGUAGGUUUCAGCAACUCCAGAGUUCCCCCCAGGGCCCCAAGCACAGCUGGGACAGAGCACCAAGAACAUGCUGCCUGGCUUGUCCCUGAGCCCAGUAUCUCAGCUGCCUCCACCGCAUCAGCUAGCAAACGCUUCGGUCUCUUCCCCACCUCCGGGAACUCAUUGAGCACACCCCAGACGGACCGGAGGACACAGGCCACCCUGCAGGCUCCCCACGCCAGUCCUUCCGACGACAGCAUUCCAGUCUUGCUGUUGGAUGACUCCAGUGAGGAGGAGAGGGAGAAGGAGGAGGUCAGGGCGCCUCCCCAGGAUGUCCCCUGUGAUUACCAGCCCUGCAAGCACCUGCAGACCCCGUGCGCAGAGCUGCAGAGGCGCUCGCGGUGCCGGUGCCCCGGGCUCAGCGGGGAAGACACCAUCCCGGACCCUCCCAGGCUGCAGGCGGUGUCGGAGACCACCGACACGUCCGCUCUCGUCCGCUGGUGCGCUCCCAACUCGGUGGUGCGCUGGUACCAGAUCCACUAUUCUCCCGAGGGCUCGUCGGGGAACCAGUCGGUGGUGGGGGACAUCUAUGUCACGGCCCGGCAGCACCCUCUGUACGGACUCUCGCCGGGCACCACGUACCGCGUGUGCGUCCUGGCGGCCAACAGGGCGGGCCUGAGCCUCCCGCGGGCCUCGGGCUGGAGGGGGCCGUGCGCCGCCUUCACCACCAAGCCCAGCUUCGUGCUGCUCUUCGCGGGGCUGUGCGCCGCUGGUGGCCUGCUGCUCCUCAGCACCCUGCUGCUGGCCGCAUGUCUCUGCAGGCGGGGCCGGACGCCACGCCGGCAGCGCUACGACACGCACCUGGUGGCCUACCAAAACCCAGCCUUUGACUACCCGCUGAAGCUCCAAACCUUCCUGCAAUCGAACUUGAGCUGAGAAGCGGCGGCCUCCGUGCAGAGAGGAAGAUACAGAGGGUCCCAACGGCCCCGUCAGCUCUCAACGCCUCCAGUUCCCUUGAAGCCAGCACUCGUUGGGCACACACGAAACUUGCCACGCUGUUUCUCAGCCCAAGGAACAAUGCCUUGCCUUCCUUCUACUUCAGUCUGUUUCCAGAAACUGAUGGUUGGUCCACACCAGACCACUCCCACUGCCACCUGGCAUUCUUGUGUGCUGUUUUAUUUGGGUUUUCAGCAAUCAGUGCCCCUCAGCGGCCAGAAUAGAAUUGUGUGUGGAAGUAGGAAGGGAUAAAACAAAUCUUUUGCCAUAUUGGAAGCGACGGCCUCAAGUCAUUUGAGGAAGUCCCCUCAUGGUCAAGGUCUGGCCAAGGCACGUGUUACUCAAGGAAUCAACUCUGGUGGUGUCAGUCUGCAAACUGGGGUUGAGGGAGAACUGCUGGUUAUGUUGCCUGAGGCCGUCCGGGUUUAUUAGUUGCAUUUCAGGGUAUGGCAUAAAAUGUGCUUCUAGCUUUAUACUUAAAACCAGUCUUUGAACAUUUGUGAAACACAGGAAAAAGCUGUCCUGUUUAAAGUCAGUGUUUACUGCAUUUCAUCCAACACUAAGUGGACAAAGGAACCAUGAGCUUCAGGAAGUUUUUUCUUAGAAAGAAUGAGCAAAAGAGAACCUCAAGACUCUAGUCACAGGCCACAGCAUUCCUCUGCUCCCAAUGGCAUCAGACAAUGCCUUUCUGAUCUGUAUCUGUGUGGGGGAUGUCUUACCACAUCCUUUUUCACGUUUAUACCAACUUAGGGGAAAAAGUGAUUUUAUGAAAUUAUAAUGGCAGUCAUAUUUCUAGAUUUCAAUUUUCCACAUUAGCCUUUAUGUGAGUUUCCUGUGGCUACUGUACCAAAUUACCACAAACUGGAUGGCUUACAACAGCAGAAAUUUAUUCUCUUACAGUUCAGACCAGAAACCCCCAGUCAAGUGUCAGCAGGGUUGGUUCCUUCUGGAGACUCUGAGGGAGAGUUUCCCAGGCCCCUCUCCGAGCUUCUGGUGGAGGCUGGCAGUCCUUGGGGUUCCUUGACUUGCAGAUACAUCACUCCAGUCUAUGCCUCUGUUGUCUCAUGGCAUUCUCUGUUUGCGUCUCUGUGCCCAAAUUUCCCAUUUUUAAAAAUUGUUUUCCCCCAGAUUUGAGACAUAAUUAACAUGUAACAUUGUACAAGUUUAAGCUGUACGAGAUGAUUUGAUACAUGUAUAUAUUGCGAAAUGAUUACCAUAAGGUUAGUGAACACAUCCAUCACCUCACAUGAUUACUUUUUGUGUGUGGUGAAAACUUUUUAAGAUCUACUCUCUUAGCCACUUUCAAGUAUCCCACACAGUAUUGUUAACUAUAGUUCAGCAUGCUGGUUUCUGGGGAUCAUUAGAACUGGAAGUUUGUACUUUUGACCACCUUCACCCAUCACCCCCCACCCCCACCCCCGGGAACCAAUCUACUCUG